AUGAUCCGGUGUAGAAAUAGAAUCAGAACACCACCAACAUCAUCAUCAUCAUCAAUGAUAUUUAAAGCUGAUCAUUAUUCAUGUGGAUUGUUGAACUUGUCUGAUAUAAGUUCGGAAUAUCUGAAGAAAGCUGAAGCUGAACUUGUUGUCAUUAAACGUUAUUUACUGAAUUAUGGUUCAGGAGAAAUUGGCUACUACAAUGAAGAAAUAACAAAACUUAAAAAUGAAUUAACCAAAGAAAGUCUCGAUGAAGUUUGGGAAAUAAACGAAUAUAUCAACUGCAAAAGUAAACGUGAGGCUGCUGAUGCAGCUCUUAUUUCUAUGUCCGCGACAAUCCAUCUGGAUUUAACGAAACUGAAUAUAUGUUUUAAUGAAGUUGCUGUACAUUAUAAGAAAAGGAAGUUUGAUCACAGUGAAGAAACAUGUCAAAUGCUGACAAGAUACAGUACCUCAGAUUUGGAAGAAAUAAAUGUUUAUAUUAGUAUGAAAUACUAUGAAAUUUAUCAGUUUAACUUCAAUCUAUGUAAUAAUUGA